AUGGGCAUCGUGGCGCGGGGCUGCGGAGACAUGCUGACGGGCACCGAGCCGAUGACGGCGAGCGACGAGGGCCGGGCGCCUGGCGCCGACCCGCAGAACCGCUACUUCUACCCGGAGCCCGGCGCCCAGGACGCGGCCGACCGUCGCGGGGGCGCCAGCCUGGGGGCGCCCUACGCCGGGGGCGCCCUGGUGCCCGCUCCGCCGGGCCGCUUCCUCGGAGCCUACGCCUACCCGCCCCGGCCCCAGGCCGCCGGCUUCCCCGGGGUGGGCGAGCCCUUCCCGCCGACGGCGAGCGCCGAGGGCUACCAGCCUGGGGACGGCUACGCGGCCCCGGACCCGCGCUCGGGACUCUACCCGGGGCCGCGCGAGGACUACGCGCCGCCGGCGGGGCUGGAGGUGUCCGGGAAGCUGAGAGUGGCGCUCAACAACCACCUGUUGUGGUCCAAGUUUAAUCAGCACCAGACGGAGAUGAUCAUCACCAAGCAGGGACGGCGGAUGUUCCCAUUCUUGUCGUUUACUGUGGCGGGGCUGGAGCCCACCAGCCAUUACCGGAUGUUCGUGGACGUGGUCUUGGUGGACCAGCACCACUGGCGGUAUCAGAGCGGCAAAUGGGUGCAGUGUGGAAAGGCUGAGGGCAGCAUGCCAGGAAACCGCCUGUACGUCCACCCAGAUUCCCCCAAUACUGGAGCCCACUGGAUGCGCCAGGAAGUUUCAUUUGGGAAACUAAAGCUCACGAACAACAAAGGGGCCUCUAACAAUGUGACCCAGAUGAUCGUGCUCCAGUCUCUCCAUAAGUACCAGCCUCGGCUGCACAUCGUCGAGGUGAACGACGGGGAGCCGGAGGUGGCCGGCAACACUUCCAACACGCAUAUCUUCACCUUCCAAGAGACCCAGUUCAUUGCCGUGACCGCCUACCAGAACGCGGAGAUUACUCAGCUGAAAAUUGAUAAUAACCCUUUUGCCAAAGGAUUCCGGGAGAACUUUGAGUCCAUGUAUGCAUCUGUUGACACGAGCGUGCCCUCCCCGCCUGGACCCAACUGUCAAUUGCUUGGGGGAGACCACUACUCUCCUCUCCUACCCAACCAGUAUCCCGUUCCCAGCCGCUUCUACCCCGACCUUCCUGGGCAGGCAAAGGAUGUGGCUUCCCAGCCUUAUUGGUUGGGGGGCCCCCGGGACCACAGCUAUGAGGCUGAGUUUCGAGCAGUCACCAUGAAGCCUGCGUUCCUGCCCUCCGCCCCUGGACCCACCAUGUCCUACUACCGAGGCCAGGACGUCCUGGCGCCUGGAGCGAGCUGGCCGGUGGCCCCUCAGUACCCUCCCAAGAUGGGCCCAGGCAGCUGGUUCCGCCCCAUGCGGACUCUGCCCAUGGAACCUGGUCCUGGAGCUUCAGAGGGACGGGGGCCAGAGGACCAGGGCUCCCCUUUGGUGUGGACUGAGAUCACCCCCAUCCGGCCAGAGUCCAGUGACUCAGGACUGGGUGAAGGAGACUCUAAGAGGAGGCGUGUGUCCCCCUAUCCUUCCAGUGGCGACAGUUCCUCCCCUGCUGGGGCCGCUUCUCCUUUUGAUAAGGAAACUGAAGGCCAGUUUUAUAGCUAUUUUCCCAAUUGA